AUGCCAUCCCAUUUCGACACCAUCCAGUUGCACGCCGGGCAAGAAAAUGCCAGUGACAAUGCUAACAGACCAAGAGCUGUACCAAUUUACGCAACCACAUCUUAUGUCUUUGACGACUCUAAGCACGGUUCUCAAUUGUUUGGGCUGGAAACACCAGGAUACAUUUAUUCGCGUAUUAUGAAUCCAACAGUAGAUGUGUUAGAAAAGAGAAUAGCAGCUCUUGAAGGUGGUGCUGCUGCUUUGGCAGUUGCUUCUGGACAAGCAGCACAAGCCUUAGCAAUCUCUGGUUUGGCUCACGCAGGAGACAAUAUUGUGUCUACUUCAUUCUUAUAUGGAGGUACUUAUAAUCAAUUUAAAGUUGCUUUCAAGAGGUUAGGAAUUGAGUCUAGAUUUGUUGAUGGUGACAAACCGGAAGACUUCGAAAAAUAUUUCGAUGAGAAGACCAAAGCCGUUUACCUAGAAACAAUUGGCAAUCCAAAGUACAAUGUUCCUGAUUUCGAGAAAAUAGUUGACAUCGCUCACAAGCAUGGUAUCCCAGUUGUUGUUGACAACACUUUUGGUGCCGGUGGUUUCUUUGCUCAGCCAAUAAAAUAUGGUGCUGAUAUCGUUACACAUUCAGCCACCAAGUGGAUUGGGGGUCAUGGUACAACCAUUGGUGGAUUGAUAAUUGACUCCGGUAAGUUUCCAUGGAAGAAUUACCCAAAAAAGUUUCCUCAAUUUUCACAACCUUCUGAAGGCUAUCACGGAUUAGUCUUCAAUGAGGCAUUCGGACCUUUGGCAUUCAUCGGUCAUGUUAGAACUGAACUUUUGAGGGACUUAGGACCAGCUUUGAACCCUUUUGCAGCUUUCCAGCUAAUUCAGGGUUUAGAAACGUUGUCCCUAAGAGCUGAAAGGCACGGUGAAAAUGCGUUGAAAUUGGCGCAAUGGCUAGAAAAAUCACCAUACAUUUCAUGGGUCUCAUAUCCUGGUUUACCCUCCCAUUCGCACCAUGAAAACGCGAAGAAGUAUUUAACUAACGGUUUUGGUGGUGUAUUAUCCUUCGGUGCUAAGGAUUUGCCCAACAAUAGUGAAGCUGAGAAGGAAGAUCCGUUCAAAGCAGCAGGUGCUCGCGUUUGUGAUAGCUUGAAACUAGCAUCCAACUUAGCUAAUGUUGGUGAUUCUAAAACUUUAGUAAUUGCACCUUAUUUCACCACUCAUUUACAGUUAACAGAAGAAGAAAAACUGAACGCGGGUGUAACAAAGGAUUUGAUUCGUGUCUCUGUCGGAACCGAAUACAUUGAUGAUAUUAUUAAUGAUUUCCAACAGGCAUUUCAAGCAGUUUAUGGUGAAGGAAGACCUUAA